AUGGGCGCCUCAGCUUCGGCUUCACGUCGCGGACUCGCGAAUAGUCUCUUCAAACCCGAUCGAGAAUACAAAAUUCUCGUUUUGGGGUGUAUGGGAAGUGGGAAAUCGACGCUUUGCCGGCAUUUAGUUCGUAUUGCCCGAGGAAUUCCUCCAAUUUUACCCUAUUAUCAGCACACACUUCAAAACAAUGUUCUCGAGUUGUACAAGGCGAUCGCCGAAUUAGCCGAUCGAAUGGGCAUUGGCGUAGAAUUGUAUGAGGCAAUGACUGGUCUCCAACAAUUGAUUGCUUCUCCACUUUACAAUGAAAUUUUAAAUCGAAAUCGACGACCCGAAUUACCACCAAAUCACGCUUUUUUUGUGGCAAAUGCAGAACGAAUCCUUCGACGUGAUUACAUGCCAACAGAAAGUGAUCUCCUUUAUAUGUAUGCGAUGACCGUUGGAUUGGAUCAACAAACUGUUCGAAUGCAUAGUGCUAUAUUUGAACUCUACGAACUACCGGGUCAUCAUGUUUUCCGUCGUAAAUGGACCUCAUUUCUCAAUUACACAACGACAGUGAUAUUUUGUGUGGAUUUGUCAGAGUUAUGUAUGGGUGCAUUCUAUUCGGGUCACCUCAAAGACAAAACUCUUUCAAUUUUCAAGGAUCUUCUCAACAAUGAAUUACUUCGGAAAUCUUCUUUCAUUUUACUCUUUAAUAAAAAAGAUCUUUUCGAUGAGUGGAGUCCGGGAUACAAUUUUGAGCAAUUGGCACCACAGAUGCGAAGUGGUCAAGAGGCUUUAUCGUUCUAUCGAAAUCUUUUCCUCCAUCUCUCGCCUGUGAAGAAAAUCUACAAUCAUGUGGUUUCACUUAUAAAAUCAACAAAUCUUGGUGGAACGGUUGUCGAUUCACUCACCACAAUCAUCCGAAGCAAUAAAGAGAAUGUCCAACCAUUA